UCCCCAAAUCCAUGUUUUAUUUACAGGACGCCGCUCAAGCUGUUUGAUGUAGUAUCGAUGCAUCGUCCCAAAGAGGAAAACAUCAAAUCUCUGAUUUGCGCUAAUCUGCGAUCCGAAAUUGCAACUUUCUUAUAAAUCAUUUGCAACAGUAGCAACAUUGAACUCUAAGUGGAUGCAUAUGACAUGCAGACUACCACGAAAAACUAACUAAAUCAACUUUGGAUAUGACAGAAUUAAUUUUCGGCAAAUCUGUUGCCAAUGAGACUUCCAUGAAGACAUGAUAACCUUCUCUUUUCCAACCUCACUUUUUCAACUUGUUUAUCGAAAUCAUGUAAGCAAUUUGAAAAACUAAGAAAUUUGAUAUUGCAGCAAGGUUCUAGCGCCCGACACGGUAAUAAAGGCACUAACUGCGAAAGCGCCAAUAGGAUGGUCUCUCUAGGUAGACUAGACGACCAAACGGAAAUCGCCGUCAAUUUUCCAGUAAAAUCAUGUGCUUUAUUAACCUAUGGAGCUUUAUUAAGCAUACGAAGUGUUAUUAAUUAAGGAUUAAUGUUAACGAAAACAAUCACAAACACUAAAAGCCAAGGGACUGAAUUGGACUUAGCUGUUUCGAAUAUUGCAUCUCUAAUGAGAUUCCAAGUGAUCGCAGGAUUUUGAUGACCUGUGGUCUCAACGAUGGCCUCAUAUCAGUUUGGAAUAACAGUGCUGGCAUUCUUGAUAAAACUAGGAGAUAUUGAUGGUCAACCUUCAUCGAUAAGACUUGGUGCUCUUAUCAAAAGCCGAGACACGGGUGGCAUCGAAGCUGCGUUUACUUACUCCAUUUUCAAAGUUAAUCAAGCAACUGGCAUUCUGCCUCGUACCGUACUGACGUUUGACAUCAAAUAUGUAGACAUCCAUUCAACGUACAUGGAUAUGCAGCAAGGAGCUUGCGCUCAGGUAUCCACGGGAGUGAUGGGCAUAUUUGGACCCCAGCUUGGUUCUAUGUCAGACCAGGUGGCCUCAAUGUGUAGCUCACUAGAGAUCCCACACAUCGAGACUGCAAUGAAUCUGGGGAGUUCGAUGACGACAGACUUCACGCUGAACCUAUUUCCCCCCGUGCAGCUACUCAGCAGGGCAUACAUUGAGUAUAUGCAGUAUCUGAAGUGGACAAAUGUAACUGUUGUAUACACUCAAAGCAACACAGGGAUCCAUCUUGGCAUUCUCACUGCGGCAUCUGAGGCAAGACUGGGCAUCAGAGCAUUUCAUUUGGACGAGGCUGCGUCAGACUGGAGGGGAAAAUUAAGGGAAAUGAAAGAAAGUGGUGCCUAUACCUUCUUCGUUGACCUUGAGCCAGUCAUGUUAAUAUCGUUCCUUAAACAGACACAACAGAUGGGGAUGUCUGACGAUCGCUAUCACUACAUUUUCUCAGACCUGGAUAGCCAACAUGUUACCUUGGACGAUUUCAAAUACAGUGGAGUUAAAAUAUCAGCUCUGGCUUUGUAUGAUAGGAAUGACACUGCUACAAAGAAUAUAUCUAGGAAUAUGCUGAGAUAUGCCCGACAGAAUAACAUAGAAGGAAUCAACCGUGAUAGUGAGAUUGGUACUGAGGCCAUGCUGAUGUAUGAAGCCGUGAUUAUAUUUGCAAGAGCACUACAUUCACUCGACAAAGCGACAGAGGUUGUUGAACCAAGUGGAUUGAGUUGCAGGAGAAGGGACAGGACUUGGUCCCAUGGUGCUACAAUGUUCAACUAUCUGAAUAUAGAGGCAGACACGGCUGGUAAAGGUAAUCUGUUGCACAUUCUUCAAAUGGCUCGGGAUAGACGGAAAACACUAGUUAAGGCUGGUGUGUGGAGGGCAGACGCUGGGAUUGAAAUCCUGAAUGAUCAAUAUGAGAAGACCGACUCUGAUACUGUUGAUACUAGUGGCGUAUUUUCUGGUAAAAGCGACAAGAAGAUAGUGGUUUAUGCUGUAUUGGAUCCACCAUUCCUUUCGAUAAAACCUGGGUUCUCUAACAUAGGGAACGACCGCUACCAAGGAUACAUACCAGAUCUUCUGAAGGAAAUAGCUUUAUCAACUGGCUUAAACUACACUUUGUAUGCUGCAAGCGAUGGCAAAUAUGGCCACAAAACUAGACCCGGUGAUUGGGAAGGCAUCAUGGGAGCUAUAAUCAAUGGUAGAGCAGAUAUGGGAGGUGGUAGGCUUCUCAUGACCCAUGCAAGAUACCAGGAGACGGAUUUUUCACAUUCUUUAAUGGGUGCCCAUCUCGUAAUGAUGACCAGUAAAGAUGGCUCUGAUGUUGAUGAUCACUUCAUGGAUUUUACACUAUUGAAACCAUUCUCUCUGAUGGUUUGGAUAACUAUUCCCGCAACAUAUGUAACAGUUUCUCUUUGUCUCUGGUUGAUCAACAGAUGUGAUCCUUAUGAGAGACACGAGGCCCCAAAAUACAAGAAGGUCAAACCAGACAAAACUACAAAGGGGCUAUUGAGUAUUGGGGCAAGUUUCUGGACCAUUUACUCAACCCUCCACUUGCAAGGGUUUGAGAGAAUGCCCAGGUCAAUUGCUGGAAGAACAUUGACACUAUUUUGGUUUACCUUCGCGACUAUUGUAUUCAUAUCUUAUGCAUCUAGCUUAGUGACCAUCUUAGCAUUUGGUACAGCAUCUUUCAAUCACCCCUCUGUACAGACAUUAGAGGAUCUUUUAACGGGGAAUAUUAAGUUUGGCGUCAUACAAGGAAGUGACGUCGCUCAUUAUCUCAGCGGUUCAAAGUCGCUGCUUGAACAGAAAAUUGCAUCUUCCAUGGAAUAUGUGUCAAGUUUGGACCAUGGUAUAUCGAAAGCAAAGGCUGAUUACACAAAGAUGGGGCCAUAUCAUGCAUAUGGGGCAGUGACUCUGUCCGUGAUAUUUGGGAUGUACCCGGUAGUUGCACAGUUUGACCCUUCCGUAUGCACAGCAGUUACGCCGAAUGGAGGACCGACCCUUCCAGUUCUUCCUAAAACAUUUUCAACGAUGGUUGAAUGUAACUUUAUAAAUCAGAACAAGACAUAUGACGCCCAUGAAUUCUAUGACUACGACGCCAAUAUUGCAAGUGUUAGAUUCGUAAUGAAUGAAGGAGAUAAGACAACCUUGAUUUAUAAGUACGACACAAAUGAAUUGCUGAAUAUCAAAUCAGCUGAGUAUGGUAUUUGUGGAGUGUCAGACUUAGCAACAUCUGAGUACCGCCAUCUAUUUGGCAUUGAACAAAAUGAUGAUGGGUCCAUCCACAUAGCUCAACCGAGCAGGGUGCUUCGUUUCGGAGCAGACCAACCAGAAAAAUACAUGGGGAAAACUAUGAUUAGAGGAAUAUCCUGCAACUGGUGGCAAAGUUGUCUCUAUUUAGAACAGAUUAAAGCAACCAUCAACAUAGAUUGGUAUUUCUCUGAUGCCACCGUUUGGCAGAUGGGUAUAGGAAAGAAGGAGGUCCCUAUUCGAGCAAAGCUUAACGGAAAAUUAACAUUUGGAGAUGGCGGUCCCAAGGAAUUUAUGAAUGAGUACAAUUUCAUGUCAUUCAGAACAGAAGUGACACACCACGAUGCAUUUCUGGUGCCGGGAGGGGUUUACUGUAGGAACCAAACAUCAACAAUGCCGAACCCCAAUGUCCCCAAACAUUUUAAAACUACGAUUGAGACUGUUCUGGAGGAGCUGAAGUUUGUAAGCUAUCAGAAAGAAGUAUACGACCUGGAAAAUAACUUAUUCAGAUUUGAGUACAAACCGACAGUCCCUCCUUUGGGGAAGGCUGAGAUGGGCACCGAUCCUAUUGAGGAAAUACAUGACUUCAACACAGGCACUGCAUACCUUGUGGAUACUAUUAAGGGAAACUGUUCAGUUAUACCCAUAGACCAACGAUUUCCGGAUGCAAAUAUUGACUCAAUUUCUGAUGUGGAUCCAUUCGGCAUUAGAAUCAAGUCAGCAAAGGAGUUGUUUUCGUUCGACAAGGCUUCUUUUGUAUACCAAGGAAAGACAAAGAUUCGUGAAAUAAUGUGCAAUAAGUGGUCAGGUGAGAGACUGGACUUUCCCCGGCCAAAUGCAAGGGCAGUGUUCGAAUGGUACUUCAUGGAUGAGGGAUGGUCUGAGAGUGUUGGGAAUACCUUUGAAAGAAAAGAACCUGUAAUGCUAGAAUUAUGGGUCUAUGACCAAAUAGCGUUACCAGUUGGAAUAAGCAUACCCCUUAAUUACCACGUUGAUUUUAGUUUCUUUGAGUUCAACGAACAUCAGCCAUCCCUCUGGGAGUUUAACAUAGCAAGAUGUUAUGAUCGGCUAAACAGAAAAGACUUCGAAUUCUAUUUCAAUGGGAAUUUCACCACCAUCGUUGGUACAGACGUGGAGGGGUUCCAAUAUGCUGUGAUGUCACAAUUGGUUAAAACUGCUGGAAUAUCUCCUUUGAGAGUAUCCUUUGUAUGGCCAUCGGACCGUAACAACAAGAUAAGAAUACAUUUUGGAAUCCUCGACAGGACUCCAAUCAACGGUAGUAUGGCUGGUGUGUCAGUAGAGACAUCAUUGGAUGACGCAGUAGCUUUAAUAACUAACAAAAUCAAAUCAGGACAGUUUACAGUAACUGUUAAGAGGAACGCAGUGGUAUCUAAUGGAACAACCAGUCCUGCAAAAACAUAUACUCUUAGUGCCAUAGCAAGUAGUUUUAAAAACAGGAGGAGGGAUGAGAGCACAAGAACAAUUAAGAUUACAGAUCCAGGGGUCCUUGCUGGUCUUGGAAUAGCCAUGGUAUUAGUUGGUGCUUUACUUGGAACAGCCAUUUCCUGUUUAGUCAUGCGAAAAAGGGGAGCAGAUCAGAUGGUUGGAUCGGCCAGUGCAGCAGUUAACAAAAUAAUUAUGAAAAUGAAAUCUGAAGAUGCAUCCAAAUCAUAGACAUAUACAUAUCUCAUGUUGAUGUAAAACGAAAAAGGAACUGAAAGUUAAUACUGGGGAAAUUAGGUUUUGCUAUGUUAAGAUACUAGCAAGCCACUAUCUAUAGCUAGGCAAUAUAGGAUAUGAUGGCCAAAAUAAGUUUGAGUUUCAGGCACAAAGCCCAAAUUCCGAAACGAGUGGAAUGAUCUUUCUAAAAGAAAAAUACUGCUUGUUCUUUUUAAGUUCUUUUCUAUUUCUCAACGACUUUAAUAUUACAUUUAGUAAAGUAUUGUGAAGCCUACCUAAAUGCAUAGUGCAUGUUGCAUAUAUAGUGAUUGUCGUCUUGUUGUCACACAUAGAAUUUCAAUGAAAAACAAGUCAUUAACAUGACAAAAUGUCAC